AGAAAAAGUAAAGUGAAUAUGGCGAGUUUUGGGGGCCAGCAAGAAAAUUAUUCAAAUAAUCCAGCAGUGGAAAGCACAUCUAAGAGAGCCGAAAGUCGAGAGGGAAGCGCCGAGAGAAAAGACAUAAACGGGCAUAUGCAGACCCACGCACUUCGCAUAGCCGCACCUGCAACAAGAACAGCAACAACAAUGUUUGUAACUAACUGCAGCGGAGGCAACGAGAUGCCGGUCACCGGCGCCACCAUGCACUGGUUUGCACAGGUGGGCGUCGGCGAAGAUGACUCGAACCUUCAAGCGUCUAAAGACCGAGAAGAGAAACUUAAAUAUGCGCGCGACCGACAGAAUGAGGAGAGACAAAGAAAAAUCGAGGAGCUGAGAGCUCAGGCCGAAGCAGCGCAAAGGUAUCGCGAACAAAAGGAAGAGGAGCGCCGUCGACGUAUUGAGGAAAUACGCGUACGCGACACAGAGAAACGUCAUCAGGUAGAGGAGCGCAAGAAGGCCAUCAUCGAGGCCGAGAAGGAGCGACGAGAAUACAUACUGAAAAAGAAUCAGGAACGUGAAUCGCGAAUAGAGGUAAAAAAACGAGAUAGAAACUCAAUCGGUUUUGCUUUCGGCUCAUCGACCCCCCGUUUAUUGGAUGUACCAGCGGACUAUGGCUUGGUAUCGCCUAGCACUUUUUGGGGUCAACGACGAUCAACAUCGAUAUCGAAUGUGGCAGGCGCCUCACUCUCACGUCGAAGUUCUGAGCGGGAACUUGCCGACAGUGGUGUUAAGAAGCGUGCAUCGUCAUCCACCGACAGAAACGAUGAUCACCGCCGUAAGUCUUCGUCCAUGUAUGAGGUAUUCAAUUGGGGCUACUCGAACGAUGAGCCGCCCAAGCGUUUCUCGCUCUCCAUAGCUGGAAGUGAGAUAAACAUUGACGGGCCGCCAAUGGCGUCACAUGUGCCGAGUAUGAACACCCAAGCGAUUACCACAAGUGCGCACAGACAAUAUACAACAACUACCACAACAACUACUGCAAUCCACAACAAUAAUAACUCAAGUCGUAAGGAAGAUUUCGUUGACACACCAAACAUCAUGUUCCGAAGCGUUUACCGCAGGAAAACGGACCUCAUGCCGACAAUACCCAGCCCCCGAGACGGGCACUAUGGUUCUCGCAGCUCACUGAGCACAACGCCCAGAACCCCAGGACGCGCCUAUUCGAUGAAUCGUCUGGAUCAGCUGGCUCAGCCAAUACGUCGGAAUGGUGAGCACGUGCGCGCUAUUAUGGAGCGGGAGCGUCGCGAACGCGAACUGGAAAUGCUUGACGAGACCGCCUCUUUAGGUGGUGGGCGACGUAGCGCAAAUCGGGGCAAGCGUGCGGGCAGUGCCGGCGGUAUCAGCAGCGAUGGCAGCGCCAGUGCCACUGGCAUUAUGUCGCGCAGCAUGACUCACUUGGCCGGCGGCGGCGCUGGACAAAGGGAUCGCGGAAAGUACUCGCUGGGCGGUGGAAUUUCGAGCAGCUUCCGUCCGCUGGGCAACGGGCAACGUGACUCGAGUAAGAGCAUGACACAGAUAAGCAGCCAUUCGUGCCAUUCAUGGUCGAGCACGCCCAACAACAAUUACAACACGCCACCCAAUCCACAACGCCACUCCAAUCUUGGCUUGCAAACUGCCGCAACUAAAAAAUAUCUUCAAUCAUCAUUUGCUUCAUCCGCAUCCUCCAAAGCGAUUAGGCGAGGCCAGCAGCAUUAUGCAACUUCUACUAACCCCUACUGUUAUUUCGAUCCAAACUCAUUGUUGCUCAUGAACUCUUCUAGUUUGUUAGUCAACGCAGGCUCCAGAUCUGGCAACGUCACACCUGGCGGCCACCUGAAUAACUCAAGGCCCGGGAGCGCUAUGUCUAACUCCACAACGAUGUCGUCGUCGGGCUAUGUAAACAGGCGGCCAACGACAGCGCCUCGGAAACCGCGGCCAGCUAGUAUUGCUGGCACUGGAAUGUCCUUAGAAGAAAUAAAUAAACUUAAGAAGGAACAGAGGCCUCCAAUGAAAACGACAGCGGCUUCUCCAACUUCGUCCACAGCACAAACGACUCCGAAACGAACAGCGAACCCAAUGUCGACAUCGCUGAUCGUUACCUCAAGUUCUUCGAGGCUAAGCAGUGCUGAGAAAAAGACCCCGUCUAAGCGAGAACCUGUGGCGCCCAAGCCCGCAUCUGCCCCCAAGGCUUUGCCGAGUCGAACCACAAGCUCGGAGCGCAUAAGUAGACCUGGCAGGGAAACUAGAACCAAGGAUACCUCUGCGGCAAUGACUAAAUCGAUGAUUGUGACUAACACAGUAACGGCUGCCGCUGAACAAAACGAUACUGCCGUAGCAAAGGAACCCAAUGUGAAGGAAGAAGAAAAGACAAACGCCCCGGCAGCAGCAACUCCAGCUGCGGCAGCUGUGGAACCAGCGCAAAGCAAGGCAGAAAAAGAGGCGCUCAACUCUGUUAAGACAGAGGAGGUGGCAGCUCCACAAGAGAUCGUAGCAACGCAGCCGCAGACCGUGUCCGCUGAGGCAGCUCAAGCUCAAGCAGUUGACCCACACACUAUGGAGGAAAAAGUAGAUGUGGGCAAUGAGAAGGAGGCCUUCCAGCAACCGCAACAAAAGCUACCAGAGCAGCAGGCUAGUGCUAACUCUGAAAAGAAAUCGUCCCGCAAUGGAAGCAAGGAAAAUUCUGAGGUCCGCGAGCUAACGCCUCCCGCAGCAAAUGCCGAAGGUAACGAUCUAAUGACUGCAUCGAUGAUCGCCAAAAAGAUUACGACUGAGGAGGAGGCGAAAGCCGCACUUGCCGAACGACGACGUUUGGCCCGAGAGGAAGCCGAACGUCAAGCUGAACUCGAGCGCCAACGCAUCGAAGCCGAGCGUCUGGCUGAGAUUAAACGACAGGAAGAAGAAGCCGAACGUCAACGCCAAUUUGAGGAAGAAGCCACCCGCUUAGCUGAGGAACAGCGACGUGGGGAAGAAGAACGAUUGCGUAAGGCAAUCGAGGAAGCGAAAGCGCGUGAGGAAGAAGAGCAGCGUAAACGCGCAGAUGAAGAACGCCAGCGCAUAGAGCGCGAGGAGGCUGAGAAAAAGGCUAAAGAGGAUGCCGAAAAACAGCGCGUCGAAGUUGCCGAGCGUCUCAAGCGCGAAGAGAAAGAGCGCGAGGAACGACGCAAGCGCGUCGAGGCUAUCAUGUCACGCACACGCAAAGGUGGAGCUGCUGCUGGCGCAAACACCGGCAACACACCAAGCUCUACGCCUGCUAAGGAAUCCAACGCCACGGCUCAGGCAUCACCUCCUGCUCCUAAAGAUAAUGAAGCCAGCAGUGAAAGUGUCAGCAACAGUAGCAGCAGCAGCAACUCAACCGGCUCGCCUGGCAGCAAUCCACCACCCACAGAACAAACUCCAGUCAUGCCUGGGGAAGUCACUUUAUCUAACGAGUCCCAGAACACACAGGCAACAUAUGAACAGUCGGUGCUGGACAAAGAGAACUCGCUGAUAAAUAGUUUUUCUAGCAUGAUCAUUGAUCAGAAUGCAAAAAACUUACAGCAGUUUGAGGUGACUAACGGAAAGCUGCUUGUUGACUUCAAUACCAGCUCGAACACAACAACAGCAGCGGUGGCCAAUGGUAAUGGCCAUAUCGAGAAUGUGAACAAUAAAAAUGACAUCAACAUACUGCAAGACGUUGUGACUCCGGCCGCCACUCAGCUGAUUGAUCUGAGUAUUGAAUCACAAGAUCUGCACAACAAUCCACUAAACAUAAACAAUAAUAACAGCUUGCUGACGAACACAACGGCAACUACCACGCUAGUCACUGCUGAUAGUCACGAGAAUAAAGAUAUAUCGUUGCUGUGAAUUUAGAGCUGAAAGCUAAAACUGAAGCUAAAGCUGAUGUGCAGGAACUUUGAUUGUUUUUUAAACUGAUAUAGCUAAAUGUGUGGAGUAUUUAUUAUUAGGCUGAAAGUGUGCGCGAAAAAUUAUGGUUACUAUAUACUAAAAGAAAACACAGGAAAACGAAAAGCUUAUACAUAUACUAAACUAUAUAUAAACGCAUCUAUUCGUAUAUAAUGUGAGAAAUGGCUGGCGAGUAAUGCAAAGGGCAAGUUCCGGGAAGAAAAUUAAACAAACCUGCAUGUAAUUAGUUAAAAACUAAGGCGAAACUUUUUUGAACUGUUCCUUCUGCAGCCGUAAAGUGAAAAAGAAAAACCAAGAAAGAGCCUAAGCUAAGAUCUAAGGAAAAAAAAAAAACGAUGAGCGCGGAAGCUAGUUAUAGAUAGGAAGACGGGGAGAUGAAUGCAAAGCAAUUCGAUAUCAAAGAACGUUUCAAAUGCUUAAAGUUGUGAAGCAAAUAUAAACAAUUCAAUUCGAUUUGACUCGAUUAAAAUUAAUUAUGCUAUAAUUGCUUAAAACUAUUAUAAAGUGCAUGUUUACAUUGAGUAUAACUUGAGCAGACGCGAUCUGUAUCUAACAUAUAUAAUUGAAAAUUAUAUAGAGUAGUUAAAAAAGAAUAUGAAAAAAGAAACCCUAGAACAUACAUACGAACAUAAUUAAGCUUCAGCGGAUUUCUAAUGAGCUGUUGAGCUGUGCCAGACGACAUGGAACAUUGCAUAUGCACAAAACUGCGCUGAGUUGCAAACAUAUUUAAAUAUAUAGAUAUAGUAUGUAUAAAUGUGCAGUUUUAAGGUACGAUUGUCCGCGUCUUCAGUACCGCCAACCAUUUCAAUAAAUUUCACCACUCCACAGCCUCACUGCUAGAGGGGCGCGAAAAGUCAAGCCAGUCAGUCAGCCAGCCAACCAGCCAAGGCAUAUAAAAGAAUAUAAUUUCGGCUGCAAGUAGCCUGCCACGCCUUUUUUGCUAUAAUCUUUAGUUCUGCCCACAUACAUACAUAUAUGCACUGUUGUUUAGUAAGUUAAGUUUACGAUGAGCAAACCAUCGUACGGUAUUAUUUAUUUUAAAAAAAAAUCAACAAAAAAUCAAUUGAAAUUAUUUGCUAAUACUGUUGUAUGUCCAAUUGACGGUAGUAGUCGUAGUCUAAAUGUAAUCAUGUAAUUUGUCGAGAAAGUCCCUCGAUAUGCACAUUCAUAGUGUUUAUUGCUGUGCGUGAGAAGUGGUUUAUAUAUCUCCAUAAAGGAUACAUACCUGCACAUACCUACACACACACAUAUAUAUACUUGCAUACAUAGGUGUAAUGGGGAGACGAAAAUCUGAUUAUGUCAUUUUUAUUAUAGUAGUUCUUUCUGUAUAUUCAUUAUUUUGCGUCAAUAUUUUGGUAUCAGAAUUUUUAUAUACAUUUAUAUUUGUAAUUUAUAUACAUACAUAUUUAUCCAUGUGCAAAAUAAAUUAUGAUUAUUUUUUUAAAUUUUUUAGCAAAUUAUUUAGCAUGCACUGCAGCAAAAUUGUAAAAUAUAUUACAAAGACAUAAAAAAGACAGCAACAACAAACCAUGCAAUACAUACAUAUUUACACAUCCACUUGUACUUGAGCGCCAGGGCCUUAACGUGCAUGAUUUGUUCGCAAAAAAGCAUGAAACCCGUUAAUAGAAUAAUACAAGAUCGCAAUAUGUGCAACAUAUAAGCUAGUUAAAUAAUAUUCUAAACGCUAUCCUAUGUUAAACUUAACGGCGGUAUAAUCAAAAUCUAAAUAAUUAAAAGAGAGCCACACACAAAUAAGUGAAAUGUUUAAUAACCACAAUGUAACUGGAAUGUCUGAGAUCCGUACUAAUGAUAAACAAUUCGAGAACAAUUAAGAAAUUUGUGCAGUAUGUACUAUGUAUAUUAAUAUAAUUAUAUAUAACACACACGCGUAACACACCACAAAGUAAAACAAAGCAAUUCCCUUUUACACACACAGGCAUACAACAAAAAUAUAUUUAUUAAAAAAUAAUAAACACAACAGUGGAUUACUAAUAAAAUUCUUUACUUAUCUUUAAACAAAAUUACAUACACAACAUACAUACUUAUGUGAAUAAUAAAAUGUAACUAAUUCUCAAGGCA